CCCGGAAGUGGAGAGCUCCGUUUCCGGCUCCGAGCUGCCGUCCCAAGAUGGCGCCGCUGGACCUGGACAAGUACGUGGAGAUCGCUCGGCUCUGCAAGUACCUGCCCGAGAACGACCUCAAGUUCUAUGACCUGUGCGAGCUGUUCCGGACCGGCGGGCAGGUGCCCGACACCAACUACAUCUUCAUGGGCGAUUUUGUAGAUAGAGGUUACUAUAGUCUUGAGACUUUCACUUACCUUCUGGCACUAAAAGCUAAAUGGCCCGAUCGUAUCACGCUGUUACGAGGCAAUCAUGAAAGCAGGCAGAUAACACAAGUGUAUGGAUUCUAUGAUGAGUGCCAAACCAAAUACGGAAAUGCUAAUGCUUGGAGAUACUGCACCAAAGUCUUUGACAUGCUCACAAUAGCAGCUCUAAUAGAUGAGCAGAUUCUCUGUGUGCACGGUGGAUUGUCUCCGGACAUCAAGACACUCGAUCAGAUUCGCACCAUUGAACGUAAUCAAGAAAUUCCUCAUAAAGGCGCCUUCUGUGACCUGGUUUGGUCUGAUCCAGAAGAUGUGGAUACGUGGGCCAUCAGUCCGCGAGGGGCGGGUUGGCUGUUUGGUGCUAAGGUGACAAAUGAGUUUGUCCACAUCAACAACCUGAAGCUCAUCUGCAGAGCACAUCAGCUGGUUCACGAAGGCUACAAAUUCAUGUUUGACGAGAAGUUGGUAACGGUGUGGUCAGCUCCCAAUUACUGCUAUCGCUGCGGGAACAUCGCUUCCAUCAUGGUCUUCCAGGACGUAAAUACGAGAGAACCGAGGCUGUUCCGCGCCGUCCCAGACUCAGAGCGGGUGAUCCCUCCCCGGACAACCACCCCCUACUUCCUCUGAGCCGCCCCCGCCCUACAAUAUACUUUUUAUUGAGCACUUUGCUGCUGAGAUGCCGCCUCUGCCUUUUAUCUUUAACUUAUCGCCGUUCGUUGUCAUUGCGCUGCGCAGCCGUUUCCCCGCCCUCCCCCGGAUCCAUUUGUGCGGAUCCGAACCGCUCGUUGUUCGUUUCUCCGCUGAGCGGCGCCGUUCGGCUGCUCCCGGUGCUCCGUGCGGCUCCGUUCGUCUCCCGUAGAUGUACGAGAUUUCAGCAGCAAAGUUCCGCGGCCGUUGGUGCCGCCGCCCACUUUGUAAUUAAAGGCUCGUUGUGGUUUUUCA